AUGGCCAAACUUCAUGCUUCGCCAUUUUCCGCCAGGAACAGUCCCCGAGGUCGAAGGAGUGACGACAGUCCCUCGCGGCAACUACAAUGGGAACUGGAUCGGGCAUUAGGUCAACUACAUUUACACGAAAUCGAAAGUUCCAAGCUUCAUGCUUAUCAGAAGCGUCAGCAGCAGGACGACCUCGAUGCCCGAGAGGCGGCCCAGGCUCAUGUCCAUCAGCUAGAGCUCAAUGCUGCCAAUGCCCAGCAUGAGGUUGUACGAAAGCAGGCCGAGGCUGUCCUCCAGGCCUACAUCAAGAGGGAGGAAGAAGAACGACGAAAGCGUGAGGAAGACGAGCGAAAACGGUUAGAGGAGGAAGAACGACGAAGAAAGGCAGAAGAGGAGGCCCGCAAAAAAGCCGAGGAGGAGCGAAGAGUCCGAAAGGAGGAGGAAGCGCGUCGUGAACGGGAAGAACUUGCUCGGCAGGAAGCGGAACGCCGUGCAAAAGAGAAAGCUGACGCAGAAGAAAAGGAACGGAGAGAGAGAGAAGCCGAACAGCGAAGGCAGCAGGAGGAGAACGCAAAAGCGGAAAAGGAAGCCGCUCUCAGGAAGCUGCAAGACGAAGCCGCCGCGAAGGCAGCACUUACACCCCAGCCAGCCACAGAAUCAACCACCUCCCGACCAACUCAAGCCCCUUCUUCAGGUAUCGAGCAGCAACACCACGAAUACCGGGCGCUCCACAAGAAGCUGAAGAUCUUCCGAUCAGAGUUCUGGACAUCGACCAGAAAGGACGCAGCAUUGAAACCACAUGUUGGUGACAUGCGACGGGCCAUUCGAACAAGUGUGGGGCAACUGACCGAUGACAAGGCCGCCAACAAAGUAGCACACGACCGAGUCAAAACAACUCUGCUUCGAGCAUUGAAGGGACUACCGUCGCCUCCAGCAUCUGUCAGCGAUUUCUUACCAGCACACCUCAACCUCGGGGAUCGUGGCACGACCACUGUCCCAUCAUUGGUUCUGUAUCUGCUCUCGAUCUUCAGUAAAGCCGUCAUGGCCGCCUUCGUUGGUGAAUGCGCGGUCAACCCCAAAGCAGCUGAACCGAUCGGCACCCUCGUUGCACAGAUCUUCUCCAUGCCCGAUCUCCAGUUCGCCCGAAACGCGCCUGCCAAUGAUUCCUCCCGAACCCCUCCAAAUCAAUCGCUGAUACCGAUACUCAUGUGCAAAUUUCACGCCGCUGCUCCUAUCCUUUUCGGCAUCUCUGGCUCUGAGUCCACCGCAGCAGGCAAGCUCCGACUUGGCUGGCGUCUCGAUCGAAUCGACGAUUCCGCCGAUUCGAAGCGCGCUUUUACCACUCAGAAUAAACACUACGACCGUCUUACAGGCCUCGGUGUCGGCUAUGCCUCUAUUGCGCUGCGGAACUUCUCAAAGGCGAGAUUCCAGAACCCGUGGCCACCUGUGCAUUUCUGGUCGAGUCUGGCGCAUAUCAUCAACACCCCUCCACGAGAGGUUCAGACAAGUCAUCUCAUCCUGUUGAAGAACAUGUUGGAGAAUAAUUCAAUCGAUCGCUUUGUGCUCUUCUUUGGGGCCGUCGGCGUUGCGGCAUUGAGGCAGGCAGUUGUGGAGUUCCCGAAGUCUCUGCCCCAUGAACUGCAGGAGAAGCAAGUGACCAAGUCAUUGCAUCUCAUGGUGGAAGGGUGGAAGAAAGAAAAUCAUUUCUCGCUUACAUAG